CGACGAGCGAACACACCGACCUUCUCCCCGUUCGGUUCGCGCCGCGGAAACCGCGAUCGGAGCACCCCUUCGAAUAAUGCUGUCCCGUCGCCCGAAUGGCGAGCAUGAAGAAACUCCUCGGCUUCCGGCAGCUGUCUCUGAACGGCGACGCGUCGCCGCCGCGGCGCCCAUCGCUCAAGAAGCAGCUCUCGGAGGAGCGCGGCGAGUUCAAGAACUGGCCGGACGACUUGGGCAUUCGCCUGAACCUCGCCGAUAACGCGAGGUUCGUGAAACCCGCUUGGGUGGAUCCCAUCGACACCAUCAACGACGAGCCGGUCAUCAUCAGGAAAUUCGGCGAGAACCGCCACAGCGCCACCAGGAAACUGACGCGACAAACCUCCCUGGACAACGAUUCUUCGCCGGCGUCGCAGAAGGACCGGCAGAAUCUCAAACCGAAUCUCAAGAUAAUCUUAUCGCAGAAUUCGCUGGAUUACACGCAGGAAACCAUCGAAAUCCAGCGCAACGAGCCGCCGAAAAUCAUCAAACCCUUAAUAACGAACGUACACGAUAAAAACUGCUUCAAAAUUAGAAAAAACGCUAAAGCGAGCGCGGAGAAAGCGGCGUGGCAAGUGCCAAAUAAAGCGACUGUGCCAGAUUCCCCUCAAGUUUCCACGGCAGAUUGUCCUGCUCAGCCUCACGAUGGACAGGCCGAUGUUAAACCCAUCGCCUCUGUUAUCAUUCGGCCUACAACGGCCGCUUCCAAGAGGGAAAUGUUCCAGAAACGCACAAACUCAGCUUUCACUACCACAGUGACUACGCUGAAUAACAAGGAACCGCAGAAAGCGAGGCGGCCGUUGAUCAGGACCUCUUCGGCCCCGUGCAAGCCGGAGCACGUCAGGUCGAAGCUGGUCUUCCAGAAGCACCGAAAGUCCUUCAAGAAGAUCCACCUGAAAUCGACGGCGUCGAAGACGAGCGAUGCGGAGAAGAACGAGGAGAACUCGAGGAGUAACUGCCAAGCGCCCGGGGCGGAGGUGGUGACGAUGGUGUCGCUGAUCAGUCCGGAGGGAAGCGACGGAGAGGAGCAGGAGGAGGAUAAGCAGUCGAGUUUGGAGAAGUCCGGGCAGGUGCAGAAGAUUGGGGGUGUGGGUAAAACGUCGAAAACAGUAUCGUUUCAACAAUCCAGCAUACAUGCCAUCAGGAGUUUUUCCGCCAGCUUUCCCGCACGCAGAUCGUCCGUCAGCGCCGCCUUGUUGAUGAACAACAGCCUGAAUUCGUUCGCGACCAAAGGGCAGCAGGAGAAAAGGGGCACGAAUUCGACGAAAUUCGACGACGACGAACGGAUGCCAAAGAGACGAUUCGUUAGGAAUAGCAAGGAGGAUUCUAAGACUGCGAGUUUCGACCAAAGGAAUAUCGACGAUGAGAUACAAAAAGACGAGCAGAAGCAAAUAGGCGAUUUGGAAAAUCCGAAUCAAGGAGCUAGCGAUGAUGUGAAAACGGGCAAAGAGCAGGAAGCCUCCGAUGUGGAUUUGAAGUCGCCGAAAGAGAAGCAGUGCUGGAGCAUGUACUGCAAAAUGACUGAAAAAGGAAUCAACGUUUCGUUCGACACUAUCCUGCGGGGAAUGUUGACUCCCACGGAGUACAGAUUGAGCAGGAAGCACUCGUUGAUACCUCCCAACGCCGAACCUUCGAAAAGUACCUAAUAUUUUUGUAAAAUGCGUCGCUGAUUGUUUAGUAUUACAAAAGCCAAGCCAAACAAAUUUAGAUAUACUCGUACAUAACUAAUAGUGAUUAUAUUUUUUCUAGAAUGUGUUGUUUUGUUAUAAUUUUAUUGAAGACCUCGACUUUCUCUAAAUGUUCUUAACAGGUUCCUAAUAAAUUUACCACCGCCAUUUUUAAUGAAUUAGGUGGGGUUCUCACCCUAAACAUUCUGUAAUAAAAGCUUCAUAAUUUAUUAUUAUGUAACACACUCAACUUAGUUGUAAUAAGGUUUAUUCUAAAAUAACCGAAAGUUUGUAGUGGUGUUUAUAGAACAAGUUAUGUAAAAAAUAACUAAAUAGAAAGUUAAUAGAAAAAAUAAGAUGAAUUUUAGGAGGUCAAGUGUUGGAACAGCUACAUUUAUUCUUUGAAUAUUAGUAUAAAAUUAAAUAGGUACCUAUAGAUAUAAUGGGUACUCAUCAAUUAUUUUGUUAUUUCAAAAUAUAUUUAGUUAUUUUGACGUAUGGUCUUAAAAUACUUUUUUCGUUGCUUUUCCAGGUCGCUAUUUAGAGUUAUAAUUUUAGAUUAAUAGAUCAUAAUGUUAUCGUGAAGAGCUUAUUAUAGUCAGUCAAUUAAAAUGACUGUAUUAUAUAAGAACAAUUUAGUGUAUUAUAAAAACAAAUAAAUUUUGUAACUAAAUUUACACUUUAAUGUAUUAAUAGAAAUAAAUUUAAUAA